AUGGAGGAGGCUGAGGCAGAGCAAGAGGAGGAUGAGCUCCCUAUGUACCAAGAGCACUACAAUGCUCUCUUCUCCAUGGACUUUGUGGAACCAAGUACCCACAUGAUGACAAUGAGGCCCUUGGAAUCUUUGAGGAUGUGGAGUUGGUGCUCAAGAACAUGCACUUGGCCAAGUUCUUCUCUCACCGAUGGAGUCUACAAGGAGCUCACUUGUGAGUUUUUGGCUUCAAUGAGGCAGCUUGGAGAUCUGUUUGGGUUCACUAUGGAGAGGGAACCAAGUGGAACAUCAAGGAAGAAGGAACUCCAAAGAGUUUGGGCUACAAUCGCUGAGGGAGUGUACUCUUCCUCAAGGUCCAAGGCUGCUCAGAUCAGGAGCCCAGUGCUUGAGAUAUGUGCACAAGGCACUUGCCAACACCUUCUUUGCAAGGAAGCACGGGACAAUCAAUGA